GGGGGGCGCCAUUCGUGUCUCUUUUGUGACAGUGGAGAGAAAACGGCUCAGCUAACAGGUGUGAGGAGGACGAACCAGAAAUGGCCGGGCGCUCACUCCUCUAGACUCGCUGCUUUCAGACGGGAUACGCCGCUCCUGCGAGGAGGCUGAAGAGACCCAGUGCGUCUCUCACACGGAGGGGAAACUACGGGGCCCGAGACAUAUUUGGAGAGAAAGAAGAAGAAGACCUCGUUUCGGUUUUGAGGGGGGCUGAGAGGGGUGGGGGGAUAUCUGAGAGAGAGAGAGGGAUGUCUAACAAGAAGCAGAGCGCGGAUUCGGUGAAAAGAAGCCCCUCUCUGUCUGAAGGAGAGAUGUUCGGCGAAUUUCAGGACUGGUGCCUCCGGACGUACGGAGACUCGGGCAAGACCAAGACGGUGACCCGGCGCAAAUACAACCGGAUCCUCCAGACGCUCCUACAGGGCGACGAGCCGGACUCGUACGCGGACAGCAGCCACAUCAACGCCAAAUUUAAGUUCUGGGUCAAAUCCAAAGGCUUCCAAGUGGGGAGCAGCGAGGGAGGACAGCGGGACAGAAACGGGGAGAGACCCAUCCUGUACGUGCCCAUCAAGGCUGCGUGCGUAGAUGGAGCUGCAGGUCAGGAGGGUUCCUCUCUGAAGAGAGUUGCUGUAGUGGAGGACUUCUAUGACAUCAUCUAUGCCAUGCACGUAGAGAUCAGCUCUGACCCGGCCAAAGCCCCCAAGCAUGCCGGCCAGAAAAAAACCUACAAAGCGAUAGCAGAGACGUAUGCGUUUCUGCCCAGAGAGGCAGUGACCCGAUUCCUGAUGAGCUGUGGAGAGUGUCAGAAGAGAAUGCACAUCAGCCCAAGUGGUACCGAGUGCAAAGAAAAUGACCAGCCUGCCUCUCUGGUCCCUGAUGUCAUCGACUACAACAUGCCUCUGACCACCACCUACCUGAAACAGAUGAAGCUGCAGUGCAUGAACAACAACGAACAGGAUGAGAGUUCAGUGAGCAGUGAGGAGUUUGAUAUGAGUGACCCCACAUGGAUUUCAGCUGAGCACCACGGCGCGCUUUCUGACCCCAACCGGCCCACCAGCACAGAGAGAAUGCACAGCCCCCAAAACGCCCAUAAAGAGGAGGACGAUGACUCUUCCUCAGAAAGUGGGAGUGGCAAUGGAAUCCACAGCAUGACUCCACCCUCUAUGAGCGUGGUAGCUGUGAGUGACAGAGCAGGGGCCGGACCAGUGACGGGGUCAUACAGUCAGGUUAACGGGAACGGGACAGGUGCGCCACUGGACUUCAGCAUGACUUCGUCCUCCUCGUCCUCAGAGGACCAGCAGCCGGCGAACCUGAGAGAGAGAAUGGGCCAGGCUCUGCCCACAGCUGCCGCCAUGCUAGCCACAUUUAACCCUGAACACUCAGAGGAACUCCGCAGAAAAUUCUCCAAACCCCAACUGGCGUCAGACCUACACCUCGACAGAGACAUCAGGGACUACGGCAACAAGUCUCCUCACUAUGGCUCAGGGAGCUAUGACUCCAUAAAGAUGGAGAUGUGUGCUGAGGACCUGACAGUCAGUCGCUCUCAGGCUGCCGAUGAUGAUGACGACGACCAUGACGACCACGAUGACAGUGACAAGAUUAACGAUACGGAGGGAGUGGACCCAGAGAGGCUGAAGGCUUUUAAUAUGUUUGUGCGCCUGUUUGUGGAUGAAAACCUGGACCGCAUGGUGCCCAUCUCCAAGCAGCCCAAAGAGAAGAUCCAGGCCAUCAUCGAGUCCUGCAGCCGUCAGUUUCCAGAGUUUCAGGAACGCGCUCGCAAACGUAUCCGCACCUACCUCAAAUCCUGCCGCCGCAUGAAGAAAAACGGCAUGGAGACUCGGCCCACGCCGCCACACUUGACCUCAGCCAUGGCAGAGAACAUUCUGGCUGCUGCCUGUGAGAGCGAAACACGAAAUGCUGCCAAGAGGAUGCGGAUGGACGUCUACCAAACACACGAAGAUCAGAUAGCUCUGGAUAAGGCUAUCUCUCGUGAGCCGGUGCCCUUGACCCACUCUGCAUAUUCUCUGGCAGCCUCAGCCUACUCCCAGGACCAGCUGUACAUCAACGGAGGCCUUGGGUACACUUACCGUGCGUAUGGUGGCCUGGGAGGCAGCAUGCAGCACCCUAUCUCUCUGACGACCCCUACAGCCCAGAGCAAUGGGCCUACUGAUCUCAGUAUGAAGUCUCUGGCUUCAAACUCAUCUACGUCAAGCAGCAGUAGUCUUGGGCGGAGUGCAGGAGGCGGGACUUCUGCCCAGCUCAGCCAUACGGAAGUGGCAGCGGUGCGCCAGCUGAUCGCCGGCUACCGUGAAUCAGCAGCCUUCUUACUGCGCUCAGCAGACGAGCUGGAGAACCUCAUACUGCAACAGAACUGAACCGCACAUUCUCCCUUUCCUCUCAUCCCACCAUUUCUCACCCUCCCCCUUUAUCUCUCUUUUUCUCUCUCUCCUUCCAUCACCUCUUGGACUAGCCAGCCUCUCCCUGUCAUUGCCAACCAUCUUCCUCAUCCCUAAAAGCCUACAGAUCUGAAGAUAUCAGGAGAGAGACGCCGAUCAUUGCAUCAUCAUGCUAACACAUUCAGAUUGACUGGAUGGAGCUUUUGACCACAAAGAUAGAGAAAGGAAGGAAAAGAAAGAAGAUGAAUAUAGGAGGGUGAAUGGGGGUGUUACUGGUGGGGUGCUGCAUCAGAGAAGAAAAGAGCGCUGUACAGCAGUUUUUGCUGUAUGUAUGUGCUGAUCCUGUGAAUCAUACACCCCUCUACCCCUCAAUGCCCCUAGGCUCACUUACUGAAACACUCUUAAAUCACAUUAUUUUUCCUUUUAAAUCCCCCUCUGCUUUU